CCCGAACUCCGCCUGCCUCCCUUCUCCUCGCGGCUUUCCGCGUCCUCGCCGGGAGGGCACGAUGCGGCUGGGCCCAAGGCCCGGGGCUCUGGGACUGCUCCUGCUGCUGCUGCUGUACGCCGCGGUGGCCGGCGCCAGCAAGGCGGAGGAGCUGCAUUACCCGCAGGGCGAGCACCGGGCGGACUACGACCGCGAGGCGCUGCUCGGCGUCCAGGAAGACGUCGAUGAGUAUGUUAAACUUGGCCACGAAGAGCAGCAAAGACGGCUGCAGUCGAUCAUAAAGAAAAUUGACUCGGACUCUGAUGGCUUUCUCACUGAAAGUGAACUCAGUCAGUGGAUUCAGAUGUCUUUUAAGCAUUAUGCUAUGCAAGAGGCCAAGCAGCAGUUUGUUGAGUAUGAUAAGAACAGUGACGGCAUUGUGACAUGGGAUGAGUACAACAUUCAGAUGUAUGACCGCGUGAUUGACUUUGAUGAGAACACUGCUCUGGAUGACACAGAGGAAGAGUCUUUCAGGCAGCUUCAUUUAAAGGAUAAGAAGCGAUUUGAAAAAGCUAACCAGGGUUCCGGCCCUGGACUGACUCUGGAGGGGUUCAUUGCGUUUGAGCACCCUGAAGAAGUUGACUAUAUGACGGAGUUCGUCAUUCAAGAGGCUUUAGAAGAACAUGACAAAAAUGGUGAUGGGUUUGUUAGUUUGGAAGAAUUUCUUGGCGAUUACAGGAGAGAUCCAACUGCAAAUGAAGAUCCAGAAUGGAUACUUGUUGAGAAGGACAGAUUCGUAAAUGACUAUGACAAGGAUAAUGAUGGCCGGCUUGAUCCCCAAGAGCUGUUGUCAUGGGUAGUGCCUAAUAAUCAGGGCAUUGCCCAAGAGGAAGCUCUUCAUCUAAUUGAUGAGAUGGAUUUGAACAGUGACAGAAAGCUCUCUGAGGAAGAGAUCCUGGAAAACCAAGACUUGUUCCUUACGAGCGAAGCCACGGAUUACGGCAGACAGCUCCAUGACGACUACUUCUACCAUGACGAGCUUUAGCUGCUGAGCGCGCCCAGGGGC